CUGUAUCAUACUUUAACCUAGUCAGUACACCUAGCGCCAUUGAUCGGAACUGUUCUAUUCCACUGCUCAACAAACUGCAGCUCAACUUCAAACAGCAACCCGACAAAUACUAGUUUAAGUUUGCUCAAACAGCAUUGUUUCUUUUUAAUAGUGAGGUGACAAAUUAUAAACUAGUGCUAGACGGAAAUAAACAAACAAUCGGUGAAGAUGACUGCGCGAUUACUGAAAGAUCCGGCUACUGCCAAUAGUCGUAUCUUCAUAGGAAAUCUGCAGACGGACGACAUGACGAAAAUGGAUCUUGAGGAGCAUUUCUCCAAGUAUGGGCUUAUCAUUGGAUCCCUAAUGAAUCGGGGAUUUGGUUUUGUGCAAUUUGAGAAUGAGGCGGCUGCUCAAGACGCCAUCAAAAAUGAAGCUGGACAGAUGUUCAGAGGACGGCGAAUUGACGUAAAACCAGCGAAAAAAGACAACGUCGCCUUCAGCAAUCAGCAGUCAUUCGCCAACCGCAACGCCCAACAGCGCAACAACAACUCAUUCACCCCCUCAAAUAAUAGUUUUCCCCCGAAGAAUCAAAGCUUCCCAUCCUCCAACCAGUCUUUCAACAGUCCGAUCCUCCAGAACUCGUCGUUCGAGGAUCCCCCCAAAUCGUCAGAGAACCCACCCUUGACUGACUUCACUGAAGAUCUAGAUGACGAGGACAUCGAGGACGAGCAGAAGUUCCCCGAGAAUCAUAACAACUUAUCCAACGUAAGUCAGGACAAGGACAAUGAGUCCUUCAACCAGCAGAAUAUAAGUAGAGUUGAUGAGUCUAAUAGCAGUGGUAGUGGUGGCAAUGCCAAUGGUGCCAACAGUGGAACCAACAACGAGGGUAAGGGAGAAAAUCAGAAUCGGCCUGGAAAUAACCAGAAUCAGAAUAAAAAUACGGGUAACCCGACGAGAGUAAGGGGCAAUCGAGGUGGGAAAAAUAGAAAUAAAAAUCGUGAUAACAUGGGGGGAAAUAACUUCCGGGACCGAAGUCCACUGAAUCGAGGGAUCCGAGAUGACAUGCCGAGGGACUGGGAGAUGAACAAAAUGAGAGGAAGUGGCUUUGGGCCCAGGGACUACAACGAACACAUGGGUAGAUUUGAUGAUCGCUUCAGGGAUAUGAUGCCUGGACCAAAUGUCAGACCCAUGGGACCACCUGAUUAUCCUCCCGUCGUUGAUAAAAACGACUGUGAGAUCAUUGUCGUGCAUAAGAGUUUAACUGAAUAUGCUGAGGCCAUUGAGGCGAGAUUGAAGAAGCUGGGACUCACUGUGGAUUUACUGUUCCCCAAUGAGGAGGUGUCGCUCAGUCGAGUAUUGGGGAAUAUCGCUAAUAGGGGAUGUUUAUAUGCUGUGGUCGUGAUACCCAUCAAUCUCGAACAUCACUCCUUGACUCUUAAUAUUCUACACGGAUUGCCCCAAGAGCACCGAAAUAUGCCAGUGGAAGACGCCCUAAACUUAAUCAGUCGUGACUUCAGUAACUACAAGUCAGGAGGUCGUGGAGUUCCUUUGAAUACUCCAUUUUCGAGCGAUCGCCACCCAGACGCCAUUCAGGUCCUUCUUAACAUGUUAGCAGACAACCACCAGCUGACAGUUCUCCAGUACGAGCGAGUGCUCAAGUACCUGGAGAUAAAGCGUGAGGAGCAGGUGCAGGUCGAGCUCGGUGAUACUAAAGACCUUUCGUCAUCGACUCUGAGUGUCAGUGAUCCCAAGCAAGCAGAACUGCAGUCGAGAAUAUUGAAUAUUCUCAACAGCAAUAGACCCAAUGCCAACGUACCUACACCCAGUCCAGUGCCAGCACCAGCUCCAGUACCACCAGCCACGUGGCCUACAGAAACAUCAACGACACCAACAACCUCAACAUCUGGAACAGGAAUUACUCCAUCUCCACUCCUCAACGAUCCUACAGUGCAGAAGGCACUUGACAGCCUUCUCCAGGGAAAUCUCCUAAAAAACAUUGGCGAUUCUCAGUCAACAACGUCUGCUUCAUCGUCUCAACCACUUUUCGCGGCAUUCGCGAACAUAAAUCGUCUCUAAGUGAUUUCCUCACCGGAGAGGCCACUUAUUAUCCGUAUUUGUUUAUUUACAUACGCAUACACGUUUUAUUAUUUUUUAUGUCUAAAGUUAUCAUGAAAAUAUUGUAAUAAAGAAGGGAACUGUAACGAAUUGAACACAAGUCUUGCCAUAUUAGAAGUUGAGUUAUCUCAAGGAAGACUUGUAAAAUCAAAACUCUCUAAGGAUAUUUUUCUUAUGUAAGGAAAUUAUCUGCAUUACCUGCCCGGGAGACGAUUUCCUAACAAUAUAUAUUACCAGCACCAUAACCAACUGACGAAGGAAAAUGUGAGAAAUCUUUCCUAAUAAAAAGUCUUGUCACAUUUCCCUCUAAAACCCCUCAUUUUUCCAGACGAAAAAUCAUAUAAAAAAAGUUUAUCGAUUUCACAACUGUUAUUGACAAAAAUAAGAAACUGUAGAUUUUACAAUUUCUUAAUCAUAUUUUUCAAAAGCAUUCCAAGACAGUGGGAUUAAAUAAUUUCACCACUUUUUCCACUUCGUGAAUGACGAAUUUCAUUGAAUAGCUCCAGCGAAGGGACCUUUGACCAUUCAAUCACUACAAUGAAAUCAUUAAAAGCACUAAUCCGGUACCAAAAUGCAUCAUUUGUUGGAAGAAGCUGGAAAAUAACGUUUAUCAAAUUCCCCGGGGCUACAUAUAUUAUUAAAAUAUAGAUUUGUUUAUACUAUAUGUGUAAAAUGUAUUUAAUCCAAUCACGAUAUAUGUAACAUUUCAAUAGUAAAAUAAAUCCAAGAGAAAUCA